AUGCCGUCUGGUGACUACACUGCUGUUGGCGGCGGCGCCCUCAAACUCAAAGGCGCCAAAGUCCAGAAAAAGAAGAAGAAGCGGGACAAGGCCGAUUUAGAGAGGAACAUAUCAACUGGUCAGGGCUCUGUAACGAAAACAGACUCGCCUCCCACAACAGCCAAGCCAACAGAUGAUGCCGAGGAACAAAACAGCCAUAGCGACAAUGACACACCCGUGGCAAUGAAGACCGAAUCUGAGAGAAAGUACGACGAGAUAAGAAAGAAAAGGUUGCAGAAAAUGGCUGAAUCCUCAAGCUCUCGACCAGAACUCCUCAAAACGCACAAGGAACGGGUUGAAGAACUCAACACCUACUUAUCAAAAUUGAGUGAGCAUCAUGAUAUGCCCAAGAUUGGGCCUGGUUAA